ACAAACGUAUCACUACACUGCCCUGCCCCAAGGAUAUGCAAUCGAUCACCACAGCUGUCUGUGCCUACAAAAGCCACGCAGGAGAUCAGGUCAAUUUUGUCACGUCCCCCUCCGGGAGAAGCUAGCCUCUGUUUUGUCACCAAACUUUGCGAUAUGUACUAGUAGUACAGAUGGGGGAGUACCGCUCGUGCCUCCGAGUCUGACUUACACGUCAGAGUAGACGACCCGUGACGACACUCCUGUCACCUUCCCCUGCCGAUCAUACGAACUACGAAGGGGGGAAAAAGUUUUCCUUUCAAGACUUUGUAUUCUUGAUGAACAGUGGACACUACUAUAUAAUGGACGUGCCGAGCUACUCUGCUACUGAUCUGACAUACGUCGUCCAUGGCGUUCCGUGUCCGCCUCGCCGUGCUCUCCCUGCUCGCUCGUUGCCUCCUCUGCUCCCCCGCCGAUGUCGAUUUCGUCUACAACGGCUUCCGGGGCGCCGCCAACCUGACCGUGGACGGCUCGGCGUCGGUCCUGCACGGCGGCGCGCUCCGGCUCACCACCGACGGGAACUACCUCAUGGGCCACGCCUUCUUCGGCCCGCCGGUGCGCAUGGUGCUCGGUGGCGAUGCCGUCGCCUCCUUCAGCACGGCCUUCGUGUUCGACAUCGUGACCGCCGGCGGCAGGGGCGGCGGCGCCGGCCUGGCGUUCGUCGCCGCGGCGUCGAAGGUGCUGCCCGGAGCAAGCCCCAGCCUCUACCUUGGCCUCAUCGGCAAGGACACCAUGGGCAACGCCUCCAACCACGUAUUUGCCGUCGAGUUCGACACGGCGCAGGCGCCCGGGCUCCUGAACGAGAUCAACGACAACCACGUUGGCGUCGACCUGAACAGCCUCGUGUCGAACGUGUCGGAGCCGGCGGGGUACUUCGCUGACGACGGCAGGAAGGUCCCGGUGCCGCUCGAGAGCCGGCAGCCGAUCCAGGCGUGGGUGGACUACGACGGCCGCUCCAAGAUCCUCAACGUGACCAUAGCUCCCGUGUCCGUGGCAAGUCGGCCUCGCCGGCCGCUCAUCUCGCAGCCGAUUGACCUCUCGCCGAUCUUUAAGCAGGACAUGUACGUUGGCUUCUCGGCAGCAACCGGGAAGCUGGCGAGCUCACAUUACGUCCUCUCAUGGAGUUUCCGCACUGGAGGAGCUGCGCAGUCCAUCGAUCUCUCCCAGCUGCCGGAAGUUCCAAAGCCGCCACCUCCUCCGCUUUCCAAUUCCGGUAGCAUAUCCGCCGCAAUCAUGAUCGCCGCACUGUCCUGCGUGGCCACUCUUCUUGUGAUCGUCGCGGCAAUCGUUGCUGCACUCUGGCUGCGGCAGAGGGCGGCCCUCGCCGACACGCUCGAGGAGUGGGAGCUGGACCACCCGCACCGGUUCCCGUACAAGGAGCUCUAUAAGGCGACGAAGGGGUUCAAGAACAGUGAGCUUCUCGGCGCCGGUGGCUUCGGCGAGGUGUACAGAGGCGUGCUCCGGCGGUCCGGUGAUGUUAUGGCCAUCAAGCGGAUCUCGAGCAACGGGUCGCAGGGGAUGCGCGAGUUCGUGGCCGAGAUCGCGAGCCUCGGGCGCAUGCGGCACCGGAACCUGGUCGAGCUGCGCGGGUGGUGCAAGCGCGGGCAGGACCUGCUGCUGGUCUACGAGUUCAUGCCCAACGGCAGCCUUGACACGCACCUGUUCGGCUGCCGCGCCGGCGACGGCGAGCCCCGGCCGCUGCUGUCAUGGGAGCAGCGCGUCAGGAUCCUCAGGGGCGUCGCGUCGGGGCUGGUGUACCUGCACGAGGAGUGGGAGCAGGUGGUGGUGCACCGCGACGUCAAGGCCAGCAACGUCCUGCUCGGCGCCGACAUGGGCGCGCGGCUGGGGGACUUCGGCCUCGCGCGCCUCUACGAGCACGGCGCGGACCCCGCCACGACGCGCGUCGUCGGGACGCUGGGCUACAUGUCGCCCGAGAUCGUCGUGACAGGCAGGGCCACCACGGCCACCGACGUGUUCGCCUUCGGCGUGCUGCUCCUCGAGGUGGCGUGCGGGUGCCGGCCCAUCGACCCCGUCACCGGCGUCAACCUGGUGCGCUGGGUCCGUGAGCUCGGCGUCAAGGGCGACCUCGUGCACGCCGUGGAUGAAAGGCUUGAAGGGCGCUACGACGUUGAGGAAGCGAAGCUGGUGCUAUGGCUGGGUCUCGUGUGCAGCCAGACGCGGCCGGAGGCGCGGCCUACCAUGAGGCAGGUCUGCCAGUACCUGGACGGCGAGGUGGACAUGCAGGAGGAGGCCAUGAUCGUCUUUGCAGACGACGAUCCCGUCGAGUUCGGCUCAAAGGCGUCACUGACUUGGUCGUCGUGCGCGACAGUAUCAGCAGGCUCCCUGCAGGGUGGCAGAUGAACAAACCUGUUCCAUCAACCUUUUGGUGAAAC